AUGCCUGAGCAUUCAGGAACAAGAAUAAUUCGAACACCUACAAUAUGGGAACGAAUUAAAAGUUGGCCAUUGGAUCGUAUUAUUCAACUUGAGGAAGACAUUAAUAUGAAAGAUUGGGAUGAAUGGAGUCAAGCUUCUAGCUGGUUUGUAGCCAUCGUAUUGAAUUGCCUAUCUAUUGUAUUACGAAUUGGUCAUUGGUUUGAUGGACAAGAAUAUGAUCCAAUACUUAACCCAGUUCAUAGUUCUUUAGAAAUUUGGCUUACUACUGCUGAAUGGUUUCUGUUCUCGUUAAGCACGGCCAAUGCUAUUUAUAUUUAUUACUCCACAAAAAAUUAUCAUCUCUUCGAACAUCACCUCAAUGAUCGACCGAAAAGUAAUAAUGUUCAAAUGCAAGAAGUGGGUGAACCUGUUCCAGUAUGGGCUGAAAGUUUUCCCGGUAAUUUUUUUUAUCCAUUGUUACAAGCUAUCUUUGAACAUCCCGGAUUUGAUCCUAACAGUGAAUGUGUUUGGGUGAUAACAAUGUGGAGUCCUUCUAGUUUUUGUUUGGACCUUUUUUG